AGUUUUAAUUUCUUUUCUAGGUUGAGAAGUUGGAACGAACAUUACCAAGGGAUUGGAAAGUGAGAAGUACUGAAUUCCUGGGGCGGAUCCUACCUGGAAAAGUCCUAGAAAGAUGGAGGAGGAAGAGAAUACCCGGGAGAUCUUGCUCCCAGAUUGGCAGGGCAGCGGCUCUCGUGGGAUUACGAUCAAUGAGACGGACGGAGGUGCUUUCGUGAAGCAGAUUCAACAGGGCUCACCGGCCGCCAAGACAGGAAUUGUGAAGGAAGGAGACCAGAUUGUGAGCGCCACCAUCUACUUUGACAACGUGCACUCAGGGGAGGUCACGGAGCUCCUUAAAAACGUGGGCCAUCACACGGUGGGCUUGCGGCUGCAGAGGAAAGGAGCCCGCUCUCCGUUGCCAGGGCAGACUGGCUCCUACGAUGUGUUUGCUCCAGGGAGUCCAGAAGUUGUUUUGAGUGGAGAUGAUGAAGAGUACCAGCGGAUUUACACAACAAAGAUUAAGCCUCGCCUUAAGUCAGAAGAUGGGAUAGAAGUUGAGCACAGAGGAACUCAAAGUAGGACCAUCACAGUCACCAAAAGAGUCACAGCUUACACUGUCGAUGUCACCGGCCAUGAAGGCGCCAAAGAGAUUGACAUCACCAGUCCUGAGUUUAAGAUCAAAAUUCCUAAACAUGAACUUACCCAGAUUUCUAAAGCUGGAAUUGAAACAGAGCCUGGGAAAACUGUCAUCAAGAUUCCACGUGUGGAUUUGCCUGGGAGACCCAGCUAUGGAAAAGUCUCCCACGAAGGAGGGAAAUCUUACGAUGUUACAUAUUCUGGACCAACUAUUGACUUGCCUUCCCGAAAAUUGGAGGCAGGUGUUCCUGAUUCCCCUGUGGGGCAGCCAAAGGUGGGGAAAACUGAUAUCCGAGUCCCUAAUGUCAUGGGUGUAGAUGUGAGAGCCCAGACAGACUUCACAAGGCCUGAAAUCAAUGGGAAAACAGGGGAACGACUGCAGUUUGAUAUCAAAGGUCCUAAAGUGCAAGGGGAUUUGGGAGGGUUGCAAGAUGCUAGCGUAAAGGUAAUUGAAGGCAAGAUUACAAGUCCAGGUGUCAGUGAUGAAAGCCAAGGAAAACUUGCAUUCCCUGCAGUGAGAAUGCCCAAAUUUGGUAUAUCAUCUCCAGUUGCUGACAUUGAGGUUCCUCAGCUUGAUGCAACAGCUCCAUCAGUGACAAUCACAGGCCCAGGAGGAUUCCAAAAAAGCCCCAAGCAUCCAGUAGCAAGUAUAGGAAUGCCAGAACCAAAGUUGGAUAUGGGUAUAAAAGGACUGGAUUUGAAAGGUGGGGUGAAAGUUACUUCUUCAUCCUUGGAAGGGCCCAAAGUGGAUAUCAGAGCGCCUAAGGUAGAUCUUGGGGCUCCAGACAUUGGAUUUGAAGACAGUGAAGCAAAAUUUAAAAUACCCCACAUGGAUUUUCCUAAAUUUUCUGUUUCAGGCCCUGCAGCAGAUAUCAGUAUUCCAAAAGGGGGGAUUGAGAUUUAUGGACAGACACCUAAAAUCUCGAUGUCAGAUAUUGACUUGAACCUGAAAAGUCCCAAAGGGAAAGCAGCUACACAUAUUUCAGGGCCAAAGAUUGAAGGGGAUUUGAAAGGGCCUAGUAUGGGUAUUGAGGGCACCAGUGUUGACUUUGGUGGACCAUUAAAAGGUCCAAACAUCUCAAUGCCCUCCUUGAAAACAUCGCCAAUUAAAGUUGCUGUGCCAGAUGUUGACUUGAGCCUGAAAGGGCCAUCAUUAAAGAGUGACAUGGAUGUUUCUGUGCCCAAAAUAGAAGGAGAACUGAAGGGUCCAGCUGUGGAUAUCAAGGGCCCUAAAGUAGACAUUGGAGCCCCAGAUGUUGACCUUCAUGGGCCUGAGCUCAAAAUGCCCAAACUGAAAAUGCCUAAGUUUGGUGUACCCGGCUUGAAAGCUGAAGUUCCUAAUGUGGACAUCAGUCUUCCACAGGGCAGCCUUGACAUCUCGGGUCCUAAGGUAGAUAUUGGAGCCCCAGGACUGGACAUUGAAGGACCUGAAUGCAAAAUU